GGGGUCGGUGGGUUGGGGGAGCCGCGGCUUUGUCAGCAACGACUCCGGUGCCUUUUGAGCUUUGCCCUAGUGACUGCCCGACGCCCAGGGAGGGCGUGUGGCUGUGGCGCAGCCGGUGACGCCGGGAAGGGGACCGAGCGGUACGCGUAGAGGGGGUUCGGCUGUAUUUGUCGUAACUGUGGGAGCCGGGGACCUGACUGUCACACUGGGAUCUUACAGCUCAGGGGAGCAGGGAGGGCUUGUGCUUGCAGCAUGGCUUUCUGAUGUGUAAUUUCCUGCCUGUGACAGCAUUGCUUAUGUUAAUUAUACACAGGGCUUUUCCUAACCUGUGUUUUUCCUAUCUUAGCUUAAAAAACCCCCACACUGUAAGGUGCUUUGGGCAUAGCUGCUUCCACUUGUUAUGCUGGUUAUUACGGUCUUACCCAUUGCAUGAGUUGGGGGUGAGGGCUCGGCUGAGCUAAAGGCUCUCGCACUUUAAUCUUUGUAAUGUGCCAGGUGUUCCCAGAGUGACCGUGGCUUUGGAGAGCAAAAAGAUUGCGUGAUCUAUGUGUCAUCUUCUUACAGUCCACAGAAGCUUUGGAAUUCAUGAAGCGGGACCUGGCUGAGUUCACUCAAGUAGUGCAGCAUGAUACAGCCUGCACUAUCGCUGCUACGGCCAGUGUGGUCAAGGACAAGCUGGCAGUGAGUAUAGGAAGGACAGAAGUUUCCUCAGGUGCGACUGAAAAGGUGAGGAAAGGGCUCUCUGACUUCCUGGGUGUCAUCUCGGACACAUUUGCUCCCUCGCCAGAUAAGACCAUUGACUGCGAUGUCAUAACACUGAUGGCAACACCUACAGGUACCACAGAGCCCUAUGACAGCGCCAAGGCUCGCCUCUACAGCCUCCAGUCAGACCCAGCCACCUACUGCAACGAACCUGAUGGCCCUGCUGAGCUCCUUGAAGCCUGGCUCUCUCAGUUUAACCUAGAGGAGAAGAAAGGGGAGAUUGCAGAGCUGCUGGCAACCAGCCCUUCCAUCCGGGCUCUCUACACCAAAAUGGUCCCGGUGGCUGUUUCCCAUUCUGAAUUCUGGCAGCGCUACUUCUUUAAAGUGCAUCGCCUGGAGCAGGAUGAAGCCCGGAGGGAGGCGCUGAAGCAGCGAGCGGAGCAGAGCAUUCACCAAGAGGAGCCAGGCUGGGAAGAGGAUGAAGAGGAGUUCUUGGGGAUGUCACCCCUGCCUUGUGCAAACGUGAAACUUCCAGAAGCAGCAGAGAAAGAAUCUGCCCCUGCAGCCCUGGAGGGAAGCCACCUCACUGCUCACAAGGGACCCUCUGCGGAAAGCUGGGCUGUCCUCCCUCCGGAGCCAGCCCCAGCAGAGGGGAGCCCCUCUGAGAGUAGUGAGAGCAUCUCCCUUGUGACUCAGAUUGCAAACCCUGCCUCUGUGCCUGCUGCGCAGCUACAGACUGGAGCGCAACCACCUGGGACCAGAGACUGGCGGAGCGCCCCCCCGAAAGAGCGGACCUCCCUGCCAAAGCCCCCAGAACCCGGUCGUCUUUCUGCACCUGCCCGGGAGUCAGCAGCAUCCUCAGAGCAACCGGCUGUUACAGAGCUCAAAGAGGGGGAGAGCAAAGCCCAGGGCAGGACAGGGACUCUGAAAGAGGAGGGACCAACAGAUCUACGAAUCUUUGAGCUGAACUCGGAUAGUGGGAAAUCUACUCCCUCCAACAACGGCAAGGCAGGUUCCAGCACUGAUAUCAGUGAGGACUGGGAAAAGGACUUUGAUUUGGACAUGACCGAAGAGGAGGUGCAGCUGGCGCUCUCAAAGGUGGAAGUGUCUGGGGAGCUGGAAGAUGAAGAGUGGGAAGACUGGGAGUAAAACGACGGCUUCCAGUGUGUGUCACAGGCUCAUUUCCACCAUCAAAUAUGAAUUAAAUCACGGACUGGCUGUUCCUUUGUGUGUAACUGUGCUGGGGAUUGCAGUUCCAGGCUGGAGGCGGUUGCUU